GAGGCGAGGCCGAGGCGGGGAGGGUCUCCUGCCCAGCAGCCCUUACGGGGGGAAAAAAGAGAGACCCUCACCCGGAUCCACUUCUGGGGCGCCCCCCUUUCCCCCUCCCCAUUCUUUCCCCCCGGGAGGGGGGGCUGGCAGCGCCCCAAACUCCGCCAGACUCCGCCGCCUUUGUCCGCUGCUGGCAGCGCUGCCAUUCUGGACUUUCAGGUUUCCCGAAACGGCCCCGGAUCGCAGACACGGGACUCUUUGUCUCGGGGCCGGGACGGGCGGAUCGCGCAGGAGAGACCCCCGCCCGCUCCCCUACCCCCCCCCCCAGCAGGGAAACUUCCCCGGGACGGGGGUCCCGGCUCCCCACCGCCUCCCCCUUUUUGGGGGGUCGUCGGAGCCUUCCUUCUGCCUCGGAGAGGAAAGCCGCGACCCCCGGGGGUCUCCUCCAAGUCCGAAACUCCUCCGGGACGAGGGAAAAGGCGCGGCGGGGCUGCGGGGGUCUCCGCGUCCCUCUGCCCGCUUUCCGCAGCGUUCAGACGGGGCAGAAAGACCAAAGCCCCCGUGGAUGGAUUUUCCCCGAUCGCGGUCGGGCACGGAGGGGUAUUUUUCCCUGGGCGAAACUUGGAUUAUCUGGGCUUGUCGUGUCUUCCUCUGAUCCUGGUUUGCCCCCUGCAUGAGAUUUGCGGGGUCGCCGGGGCGAUGAAGCGCUGCUGGCCCCUCUGGGUCCGGAUUUGUCUGGUGCUGGCGGUGGAAGAGAACCUCAUGAAUACCAAAUUCGAGACCGCCGACCUCCGAUGGACCACUUACCCCGCUGACGAUGCCCAGUGGGAAGAGAUAAGCGGGAUGGACGAGGAGCAAAACAGCGUCCGGACCUUCGAGGUGUGCGCAGUGCACCAACCCAACCAGAACAACUGGCUGCGCACCACCUUCGUUCCCCGCUCGGGUGCCACCUACGUCUACGCCGAGCUGCGCUUCACCGUGGUGGAGUGCUUCUCCAUCCCGCGAGUCACCCGCGCCUGCAAGGAAACCUUCAACGUCUUUUUCUACGAGGCCAACGUCGACUUGGCCUCCGCCACCUUCCCACCCUGGAUGGAGAACCCGUACGUCAAGGUGGACACGGUGGCGGCCGAGCACCUCACCCGCAAGCGUCCGGGCACAGAGGCGUCCGGGAAGGUGAAUGUGAAGACGCUGCGCGUGGGACCUCUCUCCAAGACGGGCUUCUACCUGGCCUUCCAGGACCAGGGGGCCUGCAUGGCCUUGCUCUCCGUCCGGCUCUUCUACAAGAAGUGUUCGGCCGUCACCGUCAACUUCACCCUGUUCCAGGAGACGGUGCCCAGGGAGCUGGUCAUGCCAGUCACCGGGCAGUGCGUGCCCAACGCCAUCAAGACCAGCUCCCGCCCGCUCAGCAUGUACUGCCGGGAGGACGGGCAGUGGGCCGACCAGGCCAUCACGGACUGCACCUGCGCCGCUGGCUACGAGCCCUCGGAGGAGAGCACCAAGUGCCGAGCCUGUCCGGCGGGGAUGUUCAAGGCCGUCCAAGGGGAGGGGGGCUGCCAGCUCUGCCCGGCCUUCAGCAUGUCCCCCUCCCCGGGCUCCAGCGAGUGUUCCUGCCGCAUCGGCUUCUACCGUACGACGAAGGAGCCAGUCACCAAGCAGUGCUCCACCACGCCGUCUGCCCCACGCAGCAUCGUGGCCAGGAUCAACGGCUCGGUGGCCGUGCUGGAGUGGAGCGAGCCCUUGGAGAACGGGGGCCGGGAUGACGUCUCGUACCACCUCCGCUGCCAGGCCUGCCCCGAACGGCAGAGCUGUCAGGAGUGUGCCCGCCUGGCCUAUGCCCCCCGGUCUCGGGGGCUGGUGGAGCGCACGGUCACCGUGGAGGGUCUCCAGCCCUACAUCACCUACUCCUUCCAGAUCCAAGCCGUCAACGGGGUCUCCGACCUCAGCCAAAACCCACCCCAGUCGGAGUCCAUCAACAUCACCACCAACAAGGAUGUCCCUCACCCCGUGUCCGAGAUCCAGCAAACCUCCGUCAGCCCCAGCACCAUCACCUUGGCCUGGCCCUUCAUCCAGCCGCCAACCGGGAGCAUCUUGGAUUACGAGGUCAAGUAUUGCGAGAAGGGGGCUGGUGGCUACAAGUUCGAGAAGACGCGUGAGAACCGAGUGACCCUAUCCGGGCUGCGUCGAGGAGCCGCAUACAUUGUGCAAGUCCGGGCGCGUUCGGAGGUCGGCUACGGAGGAUUUGGGCCAGAAAAGACCUUCCAGACGUACGGAUCUGAGUCGGGGAGCAGCACGGAGAAGCUGGCGCUGAUCGUGGGCACGGCCGCCUUGGGGACCCUCCUCGUCUUGGCCGUGGUGAUCGUAGCUGUGGUCUGUCUCCGGCGCCAGGGUUCUUCUGCCUCACGAGAGCAAGAAUAUUCAGACAAACCCGGACAAUACCUGAUUGGGCACGGUACCAAAGUCUACAUUGACCCUUUCACCUACGAGGACCCCAACGAGGCCGUGCGAGAGUUUGCCAAGGAGAUCGACGUCUCUUACGUGAAGAUCGAGGAGGUCAUCGGGGCAGGUGAAUUCGGGGAGGUCUGCCGGGGUCUUCUGAAGGUGCCGGGUAAGAAGGAGAUCUAUGUGGCCAUCAAGACCCUGAAGGGGGGCUACACGGAGAAGCAGCGGCGGGAAUUCCUGAGCGAGGCCAGCAUCAUGGGCCAGUUCGAGCACCCCAACAUCAUCCGCCUGGACGGGGUCAUCACCAGCAGCGUCCCCGUCAUGAUCGUCACCGAGUUCAUGGAGAACGGCGCCCUCGACUCCUUCCUGCGGUUGAACGACGGUCAGUUCACGCCCAUCCAGCUGGUGGGGAUGCUACGGGGCAUUGCGUCCGGAAUGCGCUACCUCUCCGACAUGAGCUACGUCCACCGCGACUUGGCAGCCCGUAACAUUCUGGUCAACAGUAACCUGGUUUGCAAAGUUUCCGACUUCGGGCUGUCUCGCUUCCUGGAGGAGAAUUCCUCGGACCCAACGUACACCAGCUCGUUGGGGGGCAAGAUCCCGAUCCGCUGGACGGCCCCCGAAGCCAUCGCCUUCCGGAAGUUCACAUCGGCCAGCGACGCCUGGAGCUACGGCAUCGUGAUGUGGGAGGUCAUGUCGUUUGGGGAGAGGCCCUAUUGGGACAUGUCCAACCAGGAUGUGAUCAACGCCAUCGAGCAGGAUUACCGCCUGCCGCCCCCCACUGACUGCCCCACCUCCCUGCACCAGCUGAUGUUGGACUGCUGGCAGAGGGACCGUAAUGCCCGGCCUCGUUUCGCCCAGAUCGUCAACUCCCUGGAUAAGCUCAUCCGGAAUCCCGCCAGCCUCAAAAUCGUCUCGCGAGGAAAUGGGGGGCCGUCCCACCCUUUGCUGGACCAGCGGCUGCCCCACUACUCGUCCUUCGGGUCGGUCAGCGACUGGCUCCGUGCUAUAAAGAUGGGCCGCUACGAAGACAGCUUUGCCAACGCUGGCUUCACCUCCUUCGAGCUGGUCAGCCAACUUUCCUCCGAAGACCUGCUGAGGAUCGGAGUGACCUUGGCCGGACAUCAGAAGAAGAUCCUGUCCAGCGUCCAAAACAUGCACGUCCAGGGCAAGGCUGCCACUUCAUCCACGGCUGUCAAAACAGGACAGUUCUGACCACCACUUGGCCGAGAAGCACAGAUUUGCCCGUCUCUGACUUUCGACCUCUUUUGGGGCCGGGGGCAGCCAGGAACUGGCCUGGGGGAGACGCCUCCUCUUGACUCACCCCACCAGCCUCCCCCCGUUCCCCGUCUCUCCUGCUCUUCUAGCUCCCCCCCCCAUAUAUUCGCCCCUUCCCCGCUUUUGGGGGAAGAUGUCCCAAAGUCACCCCUGGACCCUCUCGGACAGCUGUGUUCUGCGCCGGCUUCAUGGCAGGGAAAUUGGGGAGACGCCAUCCCUCCCCCCUGGGAUGGAGGCCACAGAGGCCGGUUGGCGGUGGGAGGGCUGAGAACUGGACCCCUCCCUCGACCGAGCUCCGAGGGAUAUCAUGCCAAAGAAGAUCAGCUCUUUCCAGCCAGUGGGAUUCCCCCCCCCCAGCUGCAGGGGAACAGUUUCUGGAGGGGGGGGGCUUCGGAAGUGGGGAGAGAACGAAGCCCCCUCGGCAGGUGUUUGAGGCCUUCUGGAAGAUACAGAGGUGGUGAAACUCGCCCGCCCACCCCAGGGGGAGAUCAGGCACUCCUUCGCUGGCUGCUGACUUUGAAGCUGAGACUUGAACCCAGCACCUCUUCUGCCCAAGGAGGAGAUGCCGCUGGGUGGUCUGGGUGGGGUGGGCAGCUGGUGCUCCCCGCCCUACUCUCUCUGGGGCCAGAAAUCCAAAGAAUUGGGAACUCUGCUUAGCAGCAUGGCUCUGCCACAGAAAAGGGGCAAAAAUUCGGGGUGGGGGGAGGGAAGGAGGGACAUCUGAAGUUGUGGGGAAUCCCAGGAUGGGGCUGGCGAAGCCGACUGAAGCCUCCUUGGCGAUCAGGCGACGGUGUCACCACGGAUGAGGCCGUGUGGGUGAUGCCAUCCGAGGAAAAGAGAGGUGGGGGGGGGUUUCCCACGGCCCCUGGAGACCCUCGGGGGGGGGGGUGUCAUGGCAGGGAUCUCGUGGCGCCACAGCCAAGCCGGCCUCGUUGGCACGGGCACCUGCCAGCUGUGCCAAGGAGGGGGGGGCGAUACACUAGCCUCUGGUGCUGCUGCUUCUGUAACGAUUCUUUAGCCUUCAUAUUGAAGGUGUUCAUAUUGCUUUUUUUAUUAAAACAAAACGGUGUAUCUUCUAAGCCAAAAUUAAAGGGGGGGUGGGUGGGGGCUGGUUGAUGGCUGGUGGGGGAUUUGGGGGGGGGGGCUGAGUUCCAGGGUGCCCCCCCUCCUUCUUGCCAAACACACAGGCACACGCCACCGCCGGUGCGCAAGAUACUCGUACCUGGAAUUGCAAAAGUUGGAAAUUUUCAAUACUAUCUAGGUGGAAUUUUGGGGGUGGGAGGGAGGGUUUCAAUGCCAGGAGACCCCAGGAUGCCUGUGGGGGUGCAGGGGUCCCCAAAAUUCAAGGAGGGAACUGCGAUGGCGCAACCAGCCCCCCCCCCCCCGCUUUCCUGCCUGUCAUUGACUGUCCUAUUAAGGGGGGGGGGGAGAGCAGAGAUAAACAGGCCAACAGAUAGAAGUAGCAAGUUGGAAGCUGCUCCCCCCCCCCAGGGAAAAAUGCUAAUUUAAUUCUUUUUUUUUUAAUUAUCCACUUUUUUUU